CGCAUCACAUUGGCUGAGAAAAUAGCCCAGGCAUGAGCCGAGUGGUCACCUGGACGCAUGCGAAAGCCGGCUGCUGUCAUCACCACCACCGGAGAGAGCCUGAGAAGCGCGUGUCGGGGUUCCACGGCCGUUUCCUUUGUCUCUUCUUCCAACCCCACCGCUGCUGAAUUUGGCACUGGGGAGGGAGCAGCGGCCGCUCAUUAACAGAUGCGGGGGUGGAACUAAUGGGCGUGUGAGGCUGCGGUGGGGGGAUGCUGAAUUUCUCUUGGGAGGGGAGCGCCGGGGGUGGCACCGGUGAAGUCUGGGGUGGCCUUAAGUGGAAGUGGGAUAGCACCAAGCGGAAAGGGCUACUGGGUUUGGAGGGACGCAGGCUAUCCUAAAGGGGGUAGUGCCUGGUGUGGGGGACAGUGAUUCAGGAGUCAUUCUCGGUGUGGGUAGUAGAGUUAGAGUGGAAGCCAGAUUGCAGCAGAACUUUCUGGGCAAUUAAGCAUCUGAACUGUGGAGGCAAGGCAGAAAGUGACGUGAAGACUAAUCCGGGUGUGGCCAUGGGUGGGGAGGGUGCUGACAUGGUGGAGGCUGGGGAAGGUGUUGAGGAGGAAGAGGGUGAUGAAAUAGUGGAGGUAGUACCACAGCCGCUACCCCUUCAGCUGAAUGGAUACAUCCUGGUUAGUGAGCCAGCACCCAGCAGCAGCUCCACACCUCUGAUAGCAGUGACUGAUGUGGAGGUUGGGGAAAGUUCUGCUCCUUUUCUUAAUCUUGAAGAGCUCCCGGAGACUGAGGCUAUGCUGUCCUCUACAUCUGAGCCAAAGGUGACACCUCGGCUGUCCAAGCGCAGGCUGGUGGUGCUGGCUGUGUUCAGUUUGUACUCCUUGGUGAAUGCCUUUCAGUGGAUCCAAUACAGUAUAUUGAGCAAUGUCUUUGAAGUAUACUAUGGAGUGUCCUUUGUCCAGAUAAACUGGCUUUCCAUGGUCUAUAUGAUCGUAUAUGUGCCCCUCAUCUUCCCAGCCACUUGGCUGCUUGACAUUCGGGGACUCCGACUCAUUGCCUUGCUGGGAUCUGGACUCAACAGUUUGGGUGCCUGGAUUAAGUGUGCUAGCGUCCAGCGGAACCUGUAUCCAGUCACUUUGCUGGGCCAAAUUAUCUGCUCCAUAGCACAAGUCUUUAUUUUGGGGCUGCCAUCUCACAUUGCCUCUGUCUGGUUUGGGCCCAAGGAAGUUUCCACUGCCUGUGCUGUAGCUGUGCUGGGCAAUCAGCUAGGCACAGCGAUCGGCUUCCUCUUGCCACCUGUUUUAGUUCCAAACACAGAAGGUAACUUUGAUCUCAUGGGACGUAACAUUAGCAUCAUGUUCUAUGGCACAGCAGCGGUAUCAACACUCCUGUUUCUACUAGCAGCUAUUGUAUUUAAGGAAAGACCUAAAUAUCCUCCAAGUCAGUCUCAGGCUGCCCUCUCAGAAGUGUCUCCAGAAGAUUACUCCUAUAAGCAAUCAGUUGUCAACCUCCUCAGAAACAUUCCAUUUGUGCUUUUGCUGAUUAGUUAUGGAAUUAUGACGGGGGCAUUUUAUUCAGUUUCAACUCUACUGAAUCACAUGAUAUUAGCUCAUUAUCAGGGAGAAGAAGUGAAUGCUGGGAGAAUUGGUCUGACACUUGUAGUAGCCGGAAUGGUUGGUUCAAUUAUUUGUGGUUUGUGGCUAGAUUACACCAAGACAUACAAGCAGACUACAUUAAUUGUCUACAUCCUCUCAUUUGCUGGGAUGGUUGUGUUUACAUUUACCUUGGACUGUGAACGCCUUGUAGUGGUAUUUGUGACUGGUGGAGUCCUUGGCUUCUUCAUGACUGGGUACCUCCCACUUGGUUUUGAAUUUGCUGCAGAAAUUACAUACCCAGAGUCAGAAGGCACUUCAUCAGGGCUUCUGAAUGCUUCCGCACAGGUGUUUGGGACCUUGAUGGGAGAACUUACAACUGCUUACGGACCACGUGUAGGAAACAUUUUUCUCUGUGCAUGGAUGUUUGUAGGCAUCAUUUUAACAGCUUUUAUCAAGUCAGAUUUGCGAAGACACAGUGUGAAUUCAGGGAUUAUGAAUUCUAACAUUAAAUCUGAGUCAGCUGAGAGCCCAGUAGAAAAUGAACAGAGUAAAACUACAUCACAAAGCCCAUCCAGCUCAAGAAUUUGAAACUUGAGAUGUGUGGAGACUCAUGAGGAUCAUGUUACACCAGGCAGAAGCAACAUGAUAAGUAAUUGUGAGGAUUUUAUGUCUGCAAAUAAUAAGGAAUUCCUGACUGGUGAUAAUCAUGCAGUAAACUGUAGAUGAACUUGUAAACUCCAGGUGAACACAAGGACAUGCAAUCUGUGGAUGACACAUUUUAACUUUGCUGUUAUUUAUAUUUGUAACCUUUUUUUAUUAAAAAAGUUGCACUAGCAAGAGUUUCUGAAUUUUGACAUUCCAUUUCUAGAAACUUUGAGAAAGGACAGUAAAACCAGAUGAAUGCUAUGACAGGACCAAGAGGUUGUAAAGAAAGUUGGCACAAUUAGCUGAUCUACAAACCCCGUUCUGUAUGUUCAAAGUGUGCACAGAACAGACAGGUAUAAAUGAAAGGGGUUUGGGAUUAUUUUUUACUAUAAAUAUAAUGAUAUUUUUAAACAGCUCCUUCUAUAAGAGGAGCAUUGCUUGUAGCACCACUCACUGUAUAAGAACACACUUUGAAUGUGUUGUACUGUGAACUGUGCUUGCCACUUCUGUUGGUUUUGAAACAGCUAUAAUUUCUGAAACCUUUUUGUAUCCAACCACUGAUCAGGAAGCUGCACAAACUCUUAAUAUUUCUUAGAAAUAUUUGACAGCUUAUAGAUGUGUGAAAAUAAAAUAAAAGCAUGGGGUUUUUUUAAUCUCCAGGUCUCUUAGAGCUUCAUCUAUCCUUUUUUCUCCUUUGAUUUCUAAAAAUGAGGAACAGACAUUAUUUGUAGUAUGUGAUUAGCCAAAACAAAAACCACAAAAACCGCCAUCUCUUACAGAGUUGCCUGUCUGUUUUCUCUUGCGUUGUUACUUGUGUGUUUAAAUUAUCAGCGCAGUGUAGGAAGGAAGCUGGGACAAGAAUACUGUAAGAAUAUAAACUGGGCUCUGUCAGAUAAUCAGAAGGCAAGCAGGUUUACAAGAAUACUGUGCCUUUUCCAACUGAAUGAUGUAAAGCAUGAUUGUUUAGUCUUACGUGUGCCCUCUUUAGUUUUUAAAGGAAAAUGCUGUUGUAUAUGUUCAGUUUGCUAUUUUGAUAGAAACAUGUCCUUGUUAUCUGUCUCUGUGUAAAUGUUAAUAGAAAAUGUUUAAAUGUAUUACUGUAUCACUUGAAUACAACUUGCCUGGAAGUAAAUAAUGGUUAGCUUUAAAUGGAAGAUGAAAAUGCUGCUUUUUCUGAGCCCAAUGAUGCUUCUAGUCUGAUUAUCAAAUACAUCCAAAAUAUUUCAGUAGCAUUCUGAUAUGUUAACCUUAGUAGGGAAGUAAGUCUCAUGACAGUAAAUAUAUCUUAUUUCUCCAACACUUUUGUUUUGAAUUCAAUGGGUAGGAAUCAUUAUCUAGGUAAAACCUGCUUGAGCCAUGGGACAAAGGAUAGAAAUAUAUAUAGAAAUAGAUAACAGUGUUUUAAAAUCACUUCAUUGGGAGAAAUUAACAAACAUAACUGACAAUUCCAUCAACACCAGUAGGAAUUAGGUUCUUAACGUGAGCUGGAUCAUCAUCUGUAGCUUUGAGAAAAUGAAGGAAUGAAGAACGAAGUACUGAAACACAUUAGUUGUACAAAAAGUGCUAGUAUCUUCCAUUAUAUUUUACAAUAAAUAUUUUAGUUUUUACUACGGUAAUACCUCACAGUCUCUCAGUAGGAUAGCUAGUAUAGCUGCCCAGAAUGCCAAGCAUCCUUUUGACUAUUGUUUCCUCAAUAAACUGGGAGAGAAGGUGAUUCUAGCCAUGCUGUUCCCUGUGUGCUAUUAUGCCCCUCUUUUUAAAAAGUCAUAAUAAUUUACAAAUAAGAUAUGUUUAUAGUGCAUAUUAAGCAGAGCAAUUCCACCACUUUUCUGAUUCCAUUUUGGACAGCCUUGUAGAGUCAAACAAAAAAUUGGGGCAGGAGAUGUUCCCAUAGGUGAUCCUAGAUGAUCAUCAUAGAGCAUCUCUUGAUUCUUGUUUUGAUUAAAAGCAAAGGGGCUGUUCCAGAUUUGGGCAGCUGACCAGGUCUAUCACUCGUUAGAGAUAUGUAAUUGAUAUGAUGAGAUUAAUGCCGUGUUUUGAAUAGGGAAGAAACUGAGCCUUGUUACUGCAUAGAUUUCAUUUUCAUUUCAUUUCACUUUGUAUUUAUACCCCGCCCUAUCCCCGAAGGACUCAGGGUGGCUAACAACAUAAUAAACAGAUACGUUCUAGCAAUAUAACACUGAUGAAUUACAUACAACUAAAAUAGAACCAGAUUGCAGAUGGAGACUUAACAUUUCAAACUAAACAACUUCAGAGAACAAUAACAGCAGCAUUUGCAGCACAUUAAUGUAUACCACUAAAUCUAUAAUAUCCAAGACAUUAAUCAUAAGUUAAUACAUUAGCAGUAAUACAUAACAAUAUAGCAAUAAUCCAAUAACAUCAGAAUAACAGUAUAUAACAAAUCAAAUAUAUAGAUACAUUUACAACCAUAUGUUUCCAACCCAUCAAUACAUUAACUCCACAAUAAUACAUAACAAUCAACUAAUGCAACAACAAGUAAUACAUUAAACAGUGCUAUUAAAUCAUUAGCAAUACUGAAGCUACCCCACAAUAGACUAUACUGCUGCAAAACCUAAAAGAACUACCUAGUUAAAGGGUUUGGCUACUCUACACCUAGCAAUGUACAAAAGAAUAACUACAGUCCCUAGCCAAAUACAGGGUAAACAGACUAAUUCACAAGUACAAAACUAACAACUAACUACUAAUUAACCACUCCUAUAUGCCAUUAAAGGUUAAAAUGAAAUGAAAUUAACCACUCCUAGUAGCCUAUAUUCCUAAUGUGAACUACAUUAAGCAAGGGCUGACAAAGAGUAAUGAUGAAAAAACUCAGCACAAAAGAGGCCAACGUCUCUUCUCCCUCAACCAAACUGUCAGGGAUUCCUGCCAUCAUCCCCUGUAAUUUAUUCCAUUGCUGGCAAUCUCCGCUAUUAUUGAAGGUCCAAGUUUAUUUCUGAGGGAAAACCUCUGCCACCGGUUCCCCACCGCUCAGCUCCUUGUUCCUUGGUGUAACAGAGGUUAAUAGAAACCUCUGUUGCACCUCCUACUGGUGAGAUGAGAUGGUUAACUCUAGUGCACCUCCUGUUGGUGAGAUGAGAUUGUUAACUCUAGUUUGUCACCAUAAUAGAUUGGGAACAAAUUUUGUUGUGGUCUGUGUAUUACCAGAGUUGGGUUAUGCAACUCUUCAAAUGCAUCCAUAGAAUUUUGUAGAGCUGUAGUCAACUAGGAAGAUAAAUUCUUUGUAUGUACUCUGAAGUGCUACUCAGUUCUCUGCUGACUGCUAUGAAAACCACUUCUCUGAGACUUGUUUUUUUAGUUUGACCUUUUUUGAGUAAUUGUUGUUUUUUAUUUAUGUGACCUUUCCAUGAUAGAAAUCUUGGGUAGAGAGUAUGUUGUCCACUCUGGGUAGAUGUGUUAUUAUUGUUUGCUUUGGAGAGUAACGCUAUGCAAAAUAUUGUAAAUUUUUGGCAUGAAGAAAGCUGGUAGGAAUAAUUCUUCCAGACUUUGUGCCUCCCUUCUGGAAUGAACUAUGCUUGCAGCUUUCUCUGGCUUAGGCCGCUUCUACAUGGCCCAAAGACAGCACCUUAGGGAUGGUAAAAACAGCGUCCCUCAGCAGCAGUGCCUGUGCUCACCCCCGCAAAUGGCACGAAAACACUGUUUUCAAAACCCGCUCCAUGAGCAUGUUUUUUGAAAAGUGGCGUCUUCCUGCCUGCGCAGUGUGAAGGGCACUGGCGUGAAAGCACCACUUUUGGUGCACUGCCUGUUUGCGUGUGUUGUUGGUCAGAGGGCAGCAUGGGCAUGUCACUUCCUCCCUCUGGAGCCUCAGAGGGAAGACAAGGUAAACAACACACGCAGACCAGAGGCGGCUCCAUGCAGAGCUGCCCCUGCGGUUUGCAGCAGCUUCAGCACAGCCUGCAUGAGACCGUUUGCACAGCCUCAUGCCUCCACCAGCAUUAAUUAUGCCAGUGGACAGUUGCUUCUGCCACUGUGCAGAAACGGCCGUAUAUAGGUAAACAUGACAUGUUCUUCAAGGAUCCCCCCAUCAGUCUUCAUUCUAGCACUGCUGCUUUAUUUUGCUAACCCUAUUGCCAAAUUCCAAUGCCGCUAAAUUCCAAAAAAACCCAGAAUUGCUGCUGAGUCUGAGUUCUUCAGAUGUAUUGGCUAAUGGCCUUCUGAUGAACCAAAGCCUCUCCCACGACCAAGAGUAAAGAAACAGCCUUCAGACCUGUCCUGUGUUUUUACAGUUUUAGGCUUGGAUUCUACCUCUGAGAUCUCAGAAUGUUAUUCUGUCUAUACCAGUUUCUACAGCUGCUUAGGUUGCCGAGUCUUCACCACGGGACCUGGUCAACCGAAAUCUUUCGAAUGCAUAAAGAGAAAAUGGUGCUUACAGCUGUCUCCUCUUUUUACUUUAUCCAGGAUGGAAACAUCUCCAUUUUCUUUCCGGAAUCUAAAGAUGGUAGCUAGCAUAUUCUCUGUGCCCCCUUCUUCUGUCCACAGGGGAAAAUAUUUUUUAUUAAAGUGAUAGCUUUUUUCCUUGUCUUGGGACACAGCAAAAGACAAAUGCAUUUCUGUACAAAGGCAGUCUAAUUAGGAUGCUUAUGCUUUCUGUUACUAGUUGGCCUUUCCACUUGCACUCACAAACAUUAAGAACCAUUCUGCUAGAUUGUCCUUAUAUUUUAUGGAUGGAUUUCAAGGGAACUUUGCAAAGCUACCAUUUCCGAAGUAUUAUGCCCUGGCUACGUGAGAUUGUAGUGUUGCUGUGUUUGGAGAAUGGCCAUUUCCCAGAGCCUGAGUCCCAGGCUCUAGAUGUGUUGGCCUUCUAGCCAACCAAUUAUGCACUAGGGUAUGCAGGUACAGAACCAGGUAUGGCUGGUAUGUAUAGGUCUAAGUAUUAUGAAUGUUUAAUGUAUGCACUGUUAAGCUUAUGUCAAAGUCCAGGUAUUUUUCUCAAGAUCAUGUUCUUAUGAUUGCUACCAAUAAGAAAAGAUCUUUUAAAGGUGUUCACUAUUUGAACUUCCUGGUACUGGAACAUUUCAUAGGGCUCUUGCUUCAAGACUAGCUGUAUAAGCUUAGGAGAGCCAUUACUAGGUUUCUGUCAUUUUCAGCCUAUCUUUAGCAUGGCCUUCAAAGUUUGAGAGAUGAGUUCCUUUGAGCUUUCAGUUUGUCACAAGUAAACGAUAAUCCUGUUAAAACAAUUUUUUUUGUCUUUGUCUCAUUGCCAGGUUUACCUUUGCAGUAUACCAACUACGUUUGACAAAGCAGAAAAAUACCUCGAAAAAUAGUAUUCUUUUUUUUUAAAGGCUUAAUUGUAGCAAAGACUAAGGCUAUGAAUGCUCUAAAAUAAGGCUUCAGGUAUAUUUUGGCAUUGUCUAGUCGAUAUGAAUUCGAAGUAAAUUUUGUUUAGUGAGACAAUGCUGACUACAUUAUUUAAAUAAUUUCAGAUUAGCUGGAAGUUAAUGAUAUUUUUCAAUACCACGUUAUAAAGGGAGACCUUGCGUAUGUCACCCUUAAUUCCUUAGUUGGGAUCCAAAGUGCUGAUUAAACUCAGGCAAGUGGUUUUGUGCAAACUUAUGUGAUUCUGGAUGAUUAACUGUGUUGGACAUUUAUUUUGAAUUAAAAAGUUGGAUAAAAA